GUAGUCUAUGAUUGAAAACCAUGGCAACGGAAUUUUCAACAAAAAAUCAACGCAAAGAAAAGCCAUGAAAUAUGUCCGCAACUAAUUUAUACUAAAAUUAAUUUGCAAAAAAAAAAAAAAAAAAAAAGAAGGGAAAAUGAAGUUUAUACCGUUGCAUACCAAAAAUACCGUUAUUAUUUAUAAGAAUAGAUUAUGCUCUGGAGCCAGCAUUAUUGUCAUAAGUUUGUUCUUACUUUCGCUUAUGAUACCGAUAUUUUUGAUAUCACUUCUAAAUCCUCAUAUGGAAGCAAGUGUAGUCUACGAGAAGCCACGCAUGGAAUUUGAAUAUAAAUCCGUUUUUAUGGCAAAAACGACGAAUUAUGACAAAAGUUGGAAAACUAAAAAUAUUUUUGCAAAUUUUCACUUGUGCAGCACUUAUCCCAAACUAAAUGAAAUUCUCAAUGAUAAAUGUGACUGUCUAAAGUAUUGGACGAAUGAUUUCGAUAAGGAUGGCAUACCAGACCGCGUACACUUUCUACAGAAAAUCGAUUCUUUGCAACGUAAUCUAACUAGCUUGGAAUGGAUUUUAGUGAUGCAAGCCAAAUUAAAGCACAAAUGUAGUUUAUCCCCGCCAGCGAUUUUGAUCGCACACAUCGAUGUACCUUCGACAAAUCAAUUUCGCAGCGGAAUUGUAACAAUUAAUGCCGAACUAUUUCUGAAACAGAACAUUGAAUUUGUGUGUCCGUAUUUAGGACAAAAUAUUCGAUCGCAAUUUAACACCAUCUUAAUAAAUCCGCAAAGUAGAAGCGACUUUCAACAAUAUCGGGCAUCAUUUUUGCUACAACAAUUGGAACUUCAACCGGGUUACUUUCAAUUGAAAUUAUUAAGCACUAACUAUGAGGCAUGUCCACCAGAACUCGGCUUGACUGUCCAACUGCAUUUGGAUAUUGGACAGGCGAGCGUUCGCUACCAUGUGAGCGUAUGGGAAAGAUUAAGUCAAUUUUGGUUAUAUUUUGUUUCAUUCUUUGGCUUAUCGUUCUAUCUUAUAAAUAAAUUGAAAGAUUAUUUAUUUGGAAAACAUAUUCUACGCUCUUGCGAAAUUAUGCCAUGGAAGAAACUUUACUAA